AUGACUAUUCCAACAUUUUUAUCCUCCUCCUUUACUUAUGAAUGGACUUAUGAUGUUUUCCUCAGUUUUCGAGGUGAGGAUACUCGCACCGGUUUCACUGGUAACCUUUACAAUGCUCUACUUGAAAAAGGAAUCAACACCUUCAUAGAUGAUCAAGAAAUUAGAAAAGGAGAAGAAAUCACACCAGCUCUAAUGAAUGCAAUCCACAAUUCUAGGAUUGUCAUUGUGGUUCUUUCAGCAAACUAUGCAUCAUCUACAUUUUGUUUGGAAGAACUUGUGAAGAUCAUGGAGUGCAUCAAACACAAGGGAGGGCUGGUUUGGCCUGUUUUUUAUCAAGUGGAUCCCUCCCAUGUGAGACAUCAAAAAGGGUGUUAUGGAGAAGCACUGGCUAAUCAUGAAGUGAAAAUCAUUGACAAGGAGAAGGUGAAAAGGUGGAGGCUUGCUUUGCAAGAAGUUGCUGAUCUCUCUGGUUGGCAUUUGCAACAUGGGUACGAAUAUGAGUUUAUGAAGAAGAUCAUUCAAGAGGUCUCUAAAGAGAUUAAUCGAACUCCUUUAUAUGUUGCUAAGUACCCAGUUGGGUUAGAAGCUCGUGUGCAGAAAAUAAACUCACUUCUUGAUGUUGAAUUAGAUGAUGGAGUCCACAUGGUAGGGAUUUAUGGCAUGGGAGGAAUAGGUAAAACAACACUUGCAUGUGCAGUAUACAAUGUCAUUGUUGAUCAAUUUGAGAAUUUUUGUUUUCUGGCUGAUAUUAGAGAAAAUUCAGUGAAGCAUGGGUUGGUACAUCUGCAGGAGACACUUCUUUCUGAUUUAGGAGGGGAGAAGGAAGUUAAGUUGUGGAAUGUAAAUAAAGGAAUUCCAAUAAUUAAAAGUAGGCUCUGUCAAAGGAAAAUUCUUUUGAUUCUUGAUGAUGUUGACAAAUUGGAGCAGCUAGAAGCACUUGCUGGUGGACUAGAUUGGUUUGGUUCUGGCAGCAGAGUUAUUAUAACAACAAGGGAUAAGCAUUUGCUACAUGUUUAUGGUGUUGAAAAAACCUACGAAGUAGAAGGAUUAAGUCAUAAAGAAGCCACUGAAUUAUUUAGUUGGUGUGCAUUCAAAACAAAAGAAUUUAAUCCUAGUUAUAUGGACAUUUUAAAGAGAGUAAUACUUUAUUCUAAUGGCCUCCCAUUGUCUCUUGAAAUUAUAGGUUCUGACUUGUUUGGUAAAACAGUGUCAGAAUGGAAUUCUGCAUUAGAUACAUAUGAAAGAAUUCCUCAUCAAAAUGUUCAUGGAAUCCUAAGAGUAAGCUAUGAUGGCUUAAAGGAAUUUGAGAAGCAAAUUUUUCUAGAUAUAACUUGCUUCUUUAAAGGAUACAAAAUAAAUGAUGUCAUAAGCAUGCUACAUAGUGGUCGUGGCUCUGCCAUAGACUAUGUUAUCCAGGUGUUGAUUGAUAAGUGUCUCAUAAAAAUUGUUCACUAUCAUGUGAGAAUGCAUGACUUGAUUGAAGAUAUGGGUAGGGAAAUUGUACGGCAAGAAUCACCUUUAAAGCCAGGUGACCGCAGCAGAUUGUGGUUCUCUAAAGAUAUUCUUCAUGUUUUAAAAGAGAACAAGGGAUCCGAUAAAAUUGAAAUCAUCAUGCUACAUCUGCUAAAAAAUAAAGAAGUGCAAUGGGAUGGAAAUGCAUUAAAGAAGAUGGAAAACCUUAAAAUAUUGGUUGUAGAAAAUGCUCACUUUUCCAGAGGUCCCAAUCAUCUCCCAAAAAGUUUGAGAGUGAUAAAAUGGUGUGGAUACCCUGAACCAUUGCUGCCAGAUCAUUGUGAUCCAAAGAAAUUUGUCAUACUUGACUUGUCUAGGAGUUUCUUUUCAUUUGACCAACAAUUGAUCAUGAAAUUUAAGUCUCUGAAGGAAAUGAAGUUAAGUGGGUGCAAUUUACUAAAACAAGUACCUGACCUGUCUGGAGCACCGAAUUUAAAGAAACUGAAUCUUGAUGAUUGCAAGAAUUUGGUUGAAGUUCAUGAUUCUGUUGGAUUCCUUGAUAAACUUGAAGUGUUGAAUCUUGAUUAUUGUACUAGUCUCGAAGUUCUUCCUCGUCGCAUCAACUUAACUUCUUUAGAAACCCUGUCCCUUAGGAUUUGUACAAGUCUCAAGAUUUUUCCAGAAAUUUUAGGGAAGAUGGAAAACAUAAGGUACAUUUAUUUGAAUGAUAGUGCCAUAAUAGAAUUGCCUUUUUCAAUUGAAAAUCUUGUUGGGCUUACAGUGCUGACUCUGAAUGGAUGCAAUGGGCUACUUGAACUACCAAGUAAUAUUUUUACACUUCCAAAACUUGAGAUCUUGCAAGCCAACAGCUGUAAGGGGCUUGCACAUGUGAAAAAGGGCAAUGCUAAAGAGCAAGAAACAAUGUCUUCAAAUGUGAGAGAUGCCAAUUCUUUUCCAUUUGAAAGAAAUGCUAGUUUAGGCCAUUGCUGUCUCACAGAUGAAUUUCUUGCUACCCUUCUUCCUUGCUUGAACCAUGUGACACGUUUAUACCUUAUUCAUAACAAUAUCACAAUCCUUCCAUCAUGCAUCAAUGCAUGUCACUCUUUGAUGGAACUCUAUUUGGAUGGAUGCAAGGAGCUGAGAGAAAUCAGGGGGCUGCCACCAAAUAUAAGACGUCUCUCAGCAGUAAAUUGCACGUCAUUGACUUCCCAGUCCAAGGGAAUGUUGCUGAAUAAGGCACUGCACAAGACUGGGGAUACAUGUUUCUGUUUUCCAGUACCAGCAUCAACUAUCCAAAGUUUAUUCCAUCACUGUAGCAGGGGACCAUCCCUUUCUUUCUGGUUCCGUAGGGAAUUCCCAAUGAUUACUCUCUGUGUUUUUGGAGCUUUGGAUAGCUGUGGUUGCUGUGUACUUGACCUGUUUGUUAAUGGCAGUCAAAAGUUCCUUGAGCAGUUCAAAUUUAUGACUAUAGAUGAUUCAGUCCAGAUAAAUCAUAUUAUUCUGUUCAAUCUGCAGCUCCAAUGUCACAGUGAUAAAUUUGAAAAUUUAUGCACUAUGAAUGGAUGGAACCAUGCUGAGAUUUCAUUUUCCGAAAAUAGAACAGAUAUUGAAUGGAUGGGAGUUUAUGUAAAGGAACAAAAAAGCACAGAGGAUAUUCAAUUUACAAAUCCUGAGAAAAUGCCGAUACAUCAUUUUAAUGGAUCACAGAAAAUAGUUACAAGUUCUGGUUAUGUUUAG